AUGGACGAUUCAACAUCAUCAUCAUCGGCCUUGGCCUCAGCCUCGACCUCAACCUCAAGCUCACCCAACUCAUCAUCAUCAUCAUCAUCAUCAUCAACAACAACAUUUGCCAUACCAUCUAUAAUACAUCAUUUGAAAUCAUGUCUACACAAGGCCAGGUGCAAUAUACUACCGGGCCACGGAACCAGUGCAUUUGGCGGCGCACUGUCCAACAACAACGUUGUGAUCAGCAGCCAUCUUAAGGAGAGCUCCGAAAAGGUGGUCAGCAAGUCCUCCAUUAUCUCCUUAUCAGUCUCCAGCAGUACAGUGUCUACAACCUCAACAAAGGCGCCACUAGUACACAUCUCGACGUAUCCUCCCGAUGUACAGCAACAACAACAUCAACAACAACAGAAUGACAACACAGACAUAUGCCUACUGUUCACAUUACCAACUGAGAUGCUGGUCUACCUGAUCUCAUUCCUGCCUGCGAGGACAUUGCUUGGACUGUCCAAGACAGGCCAUCGUUUCUGGAACAUGAUUGACUCUUUCAAGUUUUGGGACAGACUAUUCGAUCGCAACUGUCCCAAGAUAUACUACGCCAUGCAGCACAACUCGCGAUGGACCACCAGUCCACCCCAAGUCAAGAUGCUCCUCUGUCUAAUGGACGACCUGCCAGCUAUAUACACGGUUGGCACGGAUGUCAAUGAUGAACGAGCCCAGAUCCAAAAGAUAAUGGGUAUAAUGUCGUAUUAUACAAAGAAUCCAUUGAUCCAGAGAGAGACAUGUUAUAUAUUGAAGCGUCUGAGUUAUAGACAGAGGAAGGAGGAUGAGCAUGAAGCCAUCAUUGCAAAGUACCAUGGUAUCAAACACAUCCUAGACGCCAUGCGCGACCAUCCAUUCAACUGUGGCGUACAAGAAGAUGCCUGUGGUGCACUUGGCAACCUAACCUGCGAUGUUCCAAACUCAUUUGGACAAU